UGUGUGUGUAUAAAUGAAGGAAAGCGCUGCACUUCACACACUUCUCUGCAGACCAGGAGCUCAGACAAGCUGAAAGAUGGACAGACGUUUCCUCGGCUGCGUUUUGCUCAUAAACUUCAUCCAAAGCGCAUUCGCUUACAGGCCUCCGACCAGAGAAGUCUGCUUUCUGCAAGUGGACGAAGGGCCGUGUGUAGAGGAUGUGCCGCGGUUUUACUACAACACCCUGACGCAGCAGUGUGAGGAGUUCAGCUAUGGAGGCUGCGAGGGAAACGCCAACAACUUCAGGUCUUACAUGGCGUGCCGUAAAACCUGCUACCGGAUUCCGAAAAUUCCCCGAAUCUGUCGCCUUCCCAUGGAAGAGGGACUAUGCUUCGGCAUUUCCAGGCGCUAUUUUUUCAACAUGACCUCCAUGCAGUGUGAGGAGUUCUUCUACGGAGGCUGCGGUGGAAAUAAUAACAACUUCGGAGAUCGAAACUCGUGCAUGGAAUACUGCAGUCCUCUUAAGUUUGUCCCUGUGAUUUGCCUCGGUGGCAUGGACAAAGGAACAGGCAAUGCCACUAUAUCAAGAUACUACUACGACUCUACCAGAAAAAUAUGUAAACCGUUUGACUAUACAGGAAGUGGAGGAAACAACAAUAAUUUUGUCUCCAUGAGAGAUUGCUGGAAGAAUUGUGCUAAAAAAAUCAACCCACAGAGACCAAGAGCUCGAACUAUAAGAAUUCUUCGAAGAAGAUUAUAAUGUAUAGUGGGCUUUAUUUCUCCAGCAGGAUGUGUUUUUAUUUCUAACAGGAUGUGCUAGUGUAAGCACACAUGCUUUCUAAUCUCAAUAUAAAGUGAAUUCAUUGUACUACGCAUGUUCUUUUCAAUAUUUGAUUACAGUAUGUAAUUUUACAUAUGCAGAUAACAGUUUGUCAUGUUACACACACACACACACACACACACACACACACACACACAUAUAUAGUUACAAGUUGUAUUUUUGGACUGUGUAUUAGAAUUAUACUGUGAAUUUUGAUUUGUCUCAUGAAAUUUCAUAUCUUUUUGAACUUUUGUAGUAUAAAUGUAAUAUUCACAAAAGUGGCAUGUUUGUAUAAUUUUUUUACAUAUUUUGACAUGUUUACAUAUUUGUUUAAUAUUUUAAUAAUUUUGUAUUGUGUACAUUUUUAAGUAAAAUCUUUCAGUUUCUCUGUCAUAAGUCUCUGUGGUAGUGUUUAAACACCAUAUAUGUAAAAAAAUAAA